ACAGGAAGAAAUAGAAGAAGAGGUUUGGUUUGGAUCAGAGUUAAACUUUUAUCUGCUGAGGGGAAGUCAAACUUUCAGACCUUCACUGUCACUGAGAGCUGGCAUGGCACAGCGAGGAACUCAGCUGGACCCGUCCAGAAUCUCCUGUUCCAUCUGUCUGGAUCUACUGAAGGAUCCGGUGACUGUUCCCUGUGGUCACAGCUACUGCAUGAGCUGUAUUCAAAGCUGCUGGGAUGGAGACGACCAGAGGAGAAUCUACAGCUGCCCACAGUGCAGACAGACCUUCAUCCCAAGGCCUGUCCUGGUGAAAAACACCAUGUUAGCAGAGUUAGUGGAGGAGCUGAAGAAGACGGGACUCCAAGCUGCUCCGCCUGAUGGCUGCUAUGCUGGACCUGGAGAUGUGGCCUGUGAUGUCUGCACUGGGAGAAAGCUGAAAGCGCUCAAGUCCUGUCUGAUGUGUCUGGUCUCUUACUGCCAGCAGCACCUCCAGCCUCACUAUGAAUCUCCUGCCUUUGAAAACCACAAGCUGGUUGACCCUUCCAAGAACCUGAAGGAUAAGCUCUGCUCUCGUCAUGGCGAGGUGAUGAAGAUCUUCUGCCGCACUGAUCAGCAGUGCAUCUGUUAUCUCUGCUCCAUGGAGGAACACAAAGGCCACAAGACAGUCUCAGUUGCAGUAGAAAGAACUGAGAGGCAGAAAGGGCUUGGGGAGAGCCGCAAAACAAUCCAGCAGAGAAUCCAGGUCAGAGAGAAAGACUUGAAGGUGCUUCAGCAGGAGGUGGAGGCCAUCAAUUGCUCUGCUGAUGGAGCAGUGGAGAACAGCGAGAAGAUCUUCAGCGAGCUGCUCUGUCUGCUUGAGAAAAGAAGGUCUGAUGUGAAGCAGCAGAUCAGAUCGCAGCAGGAAGCUGAAGUGAGUCCGGCAAAAGAACUAGAGGAGAAGCUGAAGCAGAAGAUCGCUGAGCUGAGGAGGAAAGAUGCUGAGCUGGAGCAGCUCUCACACACAGAGGAUCACACACAUUUCCUGCACAGUUACCCCUCACUGUCACGUCUCAUUGGAUCUACACAUUUUCCCAGUACCGAUAUCCGUCCUCUGCGGCGCUUUCAGGAUGUGACUGCAGCUUUGACAGAGUUCAGAAAUAAACUGCAGGGCGUUCUUAGUGAGGAAUGGACUAAGAUCUUACUGAAAGUGACUGAACCGGAUGUUUUACAGUCACAACCUGAACCCAAAACCAGAGCAGAGUUCUUACGGUAUUCACAUCAAAUCACACUGGAUAAAAACACAGCAAACAACCACCUGGCAUUGUCUAAGAGGAACAGAAAAGUAAAAAUAACAUCAAAAGAGCAGUCUUAUCCUGAUCACCCAGACAGAUUCACUGACUGCUGUCAGGUCCUGAGCAGAGAGAGUCUGCCUGGACGUUGUUACUGGGAGGUGGAGUGGAGCAGGUGGGGAGUUUCAAUAGCAGUUGCAUAUCAGGAUGUGAGCAGAAAAGGGAGUGAAAGUGAAUUUGGACUCAAUGACAAAUCUUGGACUUUAAAGAGUUCAUUCAACGGUUAUCAAUUCAGACAUAACAGUGAGGAAACUCCUGUGUUAAAUCCUGUGUCCUCCAGAGUGGGAGUGUACCUGGAUCACAGAGCAGGUGUUCUGUCCUUCUACAGCGUCUCUGAAACUAUGACUCUCCUCCGCAGAAUCCUGACCACAUUCACUCAGCCGCUCCACGCUGGGAUUCAUUUUCAUUUGUCUGGAUCCUCUGCAGAGUUUUCUGAACUCAAGUAGACAGAAAUUAUGAAAGCAGCGAUGUGUGAGAAUCUCUUUCUAUUUUUCUUUCUUAUUUUUUUUAAAGGCCCCAUGCAGUGCACUUUUCCAGGGUUUUAUUUGAACUAUUGAUAUCCCUGCAAGAUGUAUUGGUUUUGAGUACCUGUGGUCCGCUAAAUAUAGUUUUACAGCUCCUCUCUCUUGCCUUUCUCCUGGAGCUCUGGCAGCACGG